GAUACCAUAAUCACCAACACCCACCAUCAUACAUCGCUCUUUGCCGCUAACAGUUCGUUUAAGACACAUUGGUCUCCCAUGGCUAAGAAUCGUCAGUUCACCAUAGGAUGGAUCUGCCCUCUCCCUCUCGAAAAGGAGGCUGCGAGGCUGGUGCUGGACGAAGAGUACCCGCAAGAGGAAGUCCAGUACCAGAACGCAUACUAUCUAGGCGGUCGGAUCGGAAAACAUCAGGUUGUCAUUGGAGUGCAGCGAAGAAUAGGACUCAGCCAGGCUGCCAUCCUUGCGGAAAAGAUGCGCGCUGGUUUCCCUAACAUCAGAUACUUUCUCCUGGUCGGUAUUGCGGGAGGGGUGCCCCGCUACGGACCAGCUGGUGCGACUUCGGAGAUCGUGCUUGGGGACGUGGUUGUCAGCUCUCCACGAGGCAACCAUGGCGGGGUGUUGCAGUACGACAAGGGCGCGUGGGAGGGUGAAGGGCGACUGAACUUUCGCGGACACACCAACGGCGUUCCUGGCGACCUAAUGGCCGCAGUCAACAACUUCCGUGCGGAAGGUUCGUCCCAGACGAACAUCACCGAAGUGUUAGAGCAGAUGCGUCUUAGGCUUGACAACGAUCGACAGCACCAGUAUGACGACCCGGGACCCGGCCGCGACCGGCUCUUCAAAGACAUUUAUGAGCAUCAGGGCACUGAACUGGACGAUUGCAGAGUGUGCUGCGACGCGGACUACGUUGAGUCACGUGCCGAUCGAGGAAGCGGAGCCACACGGCAAGUUGACAAGCCCUCCGUCCAUUUCGGCAACAUCGCAUCAAGCAAUCAGCUGCAGAUAUCCGCCAUCGAACGAAACAGGGUCCAACAAGAGCACGACGUGAUCUGCUUUGAGAUGGAAGCAGCAGGCGUGAUGGACGAGUAUCCGUGUGUAGUCGUUCGAGGCAUCUGCGAUUAUGCAGACUCUCAUAAGAACAAGGGCUGGCAGAACUACGCGGCAGCUACCGCGGCAGCGUACGCUAAAGGGCUGUUGGCUAUGAUCCCCACGGUAGACGCUACCUGUAGUGCGCAAUCUGCAGAACAGUCUUCGUCUCAGCACUCCGCAAACAUAACGAACAUGACGUUUGGCAAUAAUACAGGUGGAAUUCAGGCCCGGGACUUCCACGGCAAUGUACAGUUUGGACGUUGCUGAGGUAUCAGUUAUUGUUGUUAGUGAGUCAAGGAUAGAAAAGAAAAUCAGAACAACUCUACAUACC